GUUGAUGGGACGCAGCCUGGCAGCAGCAGCACGCUCCUCUGGAGACGGCAUCAGGACUCUCAGCUGGAGAUAAUCUCCAGGGUCAUGACAAGACAGCGCCUCAGCCUCUUCACCCCCCUGGCUCUGCUGGGACUCCUCGUGGGGCUUGCAAACCUCAACUGUUGCUCUGCCAGUGAGGACGAGGAUUACUACAUGCAGGAGCUGCUGUCUAGAGAGCAGUACAACCAGGUCCAAGUGGUAGAGAAGCCUGUGGCCUCAAUACCUGACAGGCAUGAGCACCGCAGCCAAAACCCUGCCAAGAAAGUGCCCAAGGGAAAGGCAGACAGUAGCAGGCAGCCGGAUAAAACCACAGCUGAUGCAAAAUCAGUGAAAACAGCCAACAAAAAGGCAGAGAAGAACAAGAAAGGUGCUUUGAAAACCCCAAACAGCGUCUCAGAAGGAGACAGACAAGACAAUCCAUUGAAAGAGGAAUGCCCUCCGAUGGGACUGGAGACACUGAAGAUUGAUGAUUUCCAGCUUCACGCCUCAACUACGAAACGCUACGGCCUCGGUGCACACAGAGGUCGUCUUAACAUUCAGGCUGGCCUUUAUGAAGAUGACCUCUAUGAUGGAGCCUGGUGUGCUGGGAGAGAUGACCCGCUGCAAUGGUUCGAGGUGGAUGCCAGGAGGCUGACAAAGUUCACAGGGGUCGUCACACAAGGCAGGAGCUCCCUCUGGUCGAGUGAUUGGGUGACCUCCUACAAGGUCAUGGUGAGCAAUGACAGUCACACCUGGAUAACGCUGAAAAAUGGCUCAGAAGACUUGAUCUUCAGUGCCAACAGGGAAAAGGAGAUCCCAGUCCGAAACAUUUUCCCAACACCUGUGGUCGCCCGAUACAUUCGAGUCAACCCUCGGUCUUGGUUUAGCAGCGGCAGUAUUUGUAUGAGAGUGGAAAUCCUUGGCUGUCCUAUGCCAGAUCCAAAUAAUUAUUACCACAGACGCAAUGAGGUCAUAACAACUGAUGACUUGGAUUUCAGACAUCACAGCUAUAAAGAAAUGAGGCAGCUUAUGAAGGUUGUAAAUGAAAUGUGCCCCAAUGUCACCCGGAUCUACAAUAUAGGAAAGAGCCACAGUGGCCUCAAGCUGUAUGCCAUAGAGAUUUCUGAUAACCCAGGAGAGCAUGAAGUUGGUGAACCAGAGUUCCGUUACACGGCAGGUUCCCAUGGUAACGAGGUGCUGGGACGAGAGCUGCUCCUUCUGCUGAUGCAGUUCAUGUGUUUGGAGUAUCUGUCAGGCAACCAGCGCAUACGUCACCUGGUGGAGGAAACCAGAAUCCAUCUCUUGCCAUCUGUCAACCCCGAUGGGUACGAGAAAGCCUUUGAAGUGGGUUCAGAGCUGAGUGGCUGGUCUCUGGGGCGCUGGAGCAAUGAUGGAAUAGACAUUCACCAUAACUUCCCCGAUCUUAACUCCAUUUUGUGGGAAGCCGAGGCCAAGAAAUGGAUCCCUCGCAAAAUGUUAAACCACCAUGUGUCCAUCCCAGAGUGGUACCAAUCUAAAAAUGCCUCAGUUGCCGUGGAGACGCGGGCUCUGAUAACAUGGAUGGAGAAGAUGCCCUUUGUACUGGGUGGUAACAUCCAGGGAGGGGAGCUGGUGGUGACCUUCCCAUAUGACAAAACUCGCACCCAAGGGGUGGCCAGGGGGCCGACCCCCACCCCGGAUGACCACGUCUUCCGCUGGCUGGCCUUCUCGUACGCCUCCACCCACCGCCUGAUGACUGAUGCCAACCGAAGGGUCUGCCACACCGAGGACUUUGCUAAGGAAGACGGCACCAUCAACGGCGCAUCCUGGCACACUGCAGCUGGCAGUAUGAAUGAUUUCAGCUAUCUGCACACCAACUGCUUUGAGUUGUCGAUGUAUGUGGGCUGUGACAAAUUCCCUCAUGAGAGUGAACUGCCUGAAGAGUGGGAGAACAAUCGCGAGUCUCUUCUUGUCUUCAUGGAGCAGGUCCAUCGCGGGAUCAAAGGUGUAGUGAGGGAUCUGCAAGGCCGCGGAAUAGCAAAUGCUAUCGUCUCUGUGGAGGGCAUCAGCCAUGAUAUUCGCACAGCUGCUGAUGGUGACUACUGGCGCUUGCUGAACCCCGGAGAGUACAAAGUAACAGCCAGAGCUGAGGGCUACAGCAUUAGCAGUAAGAAGUGCGAGGUGGGCUACGAGAUGGGUGCCACCAGGUGCGACUUCACUAUCGGCCGCACCAACCUGUCACGCAUCAAAGAAAUAAUGGAAAAAUUCAACAAGCAGCCCAUCAAAAUGCCCCUCAGGCAGCUCCAAGCUCGCAGGUCCAGAGAAAGACGUUUGGGGACACAAUGACUGUAUGAGGAGGCCGGAGGGAGAAUUUAACACAAACAUCUGCUCUGAUCAGACUGGGGUGAACUCCAAGCCUGGGUUUGGACCUCUGUCAGAUUCCUUCAUAGUGCUGUCAGUGGAACGGCUGUUUGGAGAAAAUGAGGAUUAAUUUAAACAGGAUGCUUUAUUUGUUUUUUUGUUUUGUUUCAUCCCAAGAUAUAAGCUCUAUGUUCACUCUCAUCUCAACCUUUGUCUUUUUAAUAUCCACCGUAAACAUUUAAGUUUUUUAAUUUGUCAAAGUUUAUGUUCAUGACCGCUCUUUUUUCAAUUUAUAAAAAAUAUGAACAAUUUUGUCAGAACAUUACUUUUGUAAAUAAAAGAAAAUUGAAUUACAGUGUUUGGGGUAACAGUAAUAUAUCACUUUUAGUAGUAACGGAGUAAUAUAAGGCGUUACUAAUAGGGUUUUGGUAAUAUUAUUACAGGGACUAUGACACAUUACCACCUGAAAUUAAUUGUUUGUUUUUUAAGAAUUCAUCAACAUUGUACGUCAUUCCGCCACCAGAAGAAGAAAAAAAACCCAAAAGAGUUUCUGUUGUUGAAAUUCAAUGACUGAGAUGGCUGCAGACUCAACAUUUUUGAAAUGGGUAUAAUCUGAUUACUUUCAGGUUAUCAAUUAAAAGAAAAAUAACAUUAUAGUCAGGUGCAAUCUAUGUCUAGGCCACUAUGAACCAACAUUACACUCUUCCAUAUUUGAAUGCAUGGUUGACGUCCUUCAGUGGUUAUUUUGGUGAAAGCAAUGCAAAAGUCGUGUUUUACUCUACACAGACAGUAAUAUUGUAAAGUAACUUAUCACUUUCAGAUGAAAGUAACUAGUAAUAUGUAAUAUAUUACAUUUUGAUACUAACUUGCCCAACACUGCUGAAAUACAAACCACACAUGAAGAAUCUUAGGAGUCUUAGCAUCUACUUUCAGCCACUGUGAGAAAUGGCCAUGACUGUCAUUAUGUACAUACUUAUUAACUUAUGUAACGCAGUUAUGUAAACCAUUACAAAGCUUUAUUACCUGCACUUCUAAAAUUCUCAAUACUUGUGGACUCAGUGACUUUUUGUGUGUCAUUGAUUGUUUUUUAUACACAUUGCUUUUGGCAAGUUAUUAAAUAAAGACUAUGUUUGCACAUAAA